ACUGCGCAUUCGCGUCCAGUCAGGACUUUGUCACUUUGCUUCGAUGAGUCGUUAGUGACGUAAUUCCGCGUUAGCCGUUCCCCGAGUCGAGAAAGUGUGGAAAAAGUGUCUAGUCGAGUCGGGUCGUGAAUUUUCGAAUCCUCGGGUGGGUGUUCUCUCUGUCAAUUCAUUCGCUCGCCUCCCCCUCCCCGGAGUGCUCGCCCCGUUGGAAGGUGCGCCUCUUGGAGCGAGCGCUCUGCCGACAUGUCAGAAACCGAUAGUGUCGUUCCCCAGCAAAAGCAGCAACAGCAGCAGCAGCAGCCUCCGCCUCCGCCGCCACCGCCGUUGCACCAGCAGCAGCAGCAACAACAGCAACAACAGCAGCACCACCACCAGCACCAACAAUUUCAGCAGCAACACUCGGCCGUUCCUCCAAUGGCGAACAUGGCAUGGCAGUACCCUCCACCGAGCAAUCUGCACCUCUACCCUAAUUACACUGGACAUAUGUACGGGCAAGGAUUCAGUCCGCAUGGGCAAAUGUUUUACUACAACCAGGGAUUGAUACCCGGCUAUGGACAGGCGUUCAAUCCGCAGCAGCUUCCUCAACAGGCGCAGCAACAGCAGGCAGCGCAGAAUAUUCAGGGAAAACCGAAGGCUCGUCAGCAGCCACCGGUACCUGGCACUCCGGUUUCUUUGGACGAUGACUCGGAUCUUCCUCCUCUUCCGCCAGGACCUCCACCACCAGCUCAGCCUCUGCGACGUAACGAUCAGGCUCAGAACCAGAAUUCGCAUCCGCAACCUUUCGUCUAUAACUCCUUCGGCUAUGCUAAUUGGAGUCCCAUGCAAAACGACGUUUCUCAAUUCAACGGUCAGAUGCGGUUCAACCUGCGGAACAAGAAGAUCGGCCUCGGCUUCCCACCCUCGUCUAACAGUGGAGCAGCGAAGAAAAAGCGUAAGCGGAACAAAAGCCUCGUGGCUCAAUUGAACGAUAGCUUUCAGGGGAUUCAGAACGUCCAGGGUAUGCAAGCGAUGCAGGGAAUGCAAGGUCUGCAGGGUCUUCAGGGUCUGCAGGGUCUGCAGGGUCUGCAGGGAGGACCGACGAACUUCGUGGCUGGCCCUAACCUGAAGACGGAACUCCCACCUAUGCCUCCACCCUCGGAGUCGGCUCCGAGUCCUCCCAGCCCGAAGGAGAAGCCCGCUCCCCCGGGCCCCGGGGGUCCUGGAGGAGCCGGGGGCGCCGUGGGAGUCGCAGAGCCCCCGAGCCCCGCCAAGGCGACCUCGGCGACCCCCGGGACUCCCUCGUCGGCUCCGUCGGCCCCGGCCAACCCGGUCGACGACUGGCCCGACAGUCUGAAGAACUACGUGAACCGGUGCUACGAGAAGUGCAAGACCGCCGUCGACAAGGACCAGGUGGAGAUCAUCCUGAAGGGGAAGAUCACCAGGGCCGCGAACGACGGCUCCCUCUGGGUUAAGGACUGGGACAAGGAGCCGCUUCCCAGCAUCCACAGCGAGAGGAUGACCGUUACGGUCAAGGGACAGAACCUGAACCCGAGUCCUGGGGCUAAUGUCAAUGCUAACGCGAACAACAAGCUCGUCCCCCAGGUAGGUCCCCGUCGGACGGGUCUGUCGACCUCCCUCGGGGCGAGAUUGGGCGCCAGACUCUCCGCUGGGCAUGGGAAUCAUGCCAACCAUGCCAACCAUGCCAACCAUGCCAACCAUGCCAACCAUACGGCAAGAAGAAAGUCUCCUUCGAGGUCCCGGAGCCCUCCACCGGCCAGGAAGUACAGGAGGAGCACCUCGUCAUCCUCCUCGACCGAUAACAGCGAUAGGGACUACGAGUACUCCAAGUCCUCGUCGGCCAAGAAGAAGGCCAACCGCGCCAAGCAGAACCAUGCCAGCAAGCGGUCCAAGAAGAUCAAACAGACUAAGUCACAUUUCUAUUCAGAGUUUGGUUUAGCUACAGGCAUCGGCGAGGAACUAGGAUCACUCGGCUCCAAGGAGAAGCUUCAGCAGCGCGCCGCCAGGUUCAACGACGCCGUCAACGCCAGGCAGGGAAAUGAGACUCCCAAGGAUGACGGAGCUGUGGACUUUGAUUUCACAGGGCUCCAUAUUAUCGGCACCUGCAAGGAUAUCGAGAAGCCCUACUUGCGUCUCACCUCGGCCCCAGCCCCGUCAGCCGUGCGUCCGGUAAGUGUACUUCAGAAUUCUCUGGCCCACGUGAAGAAGCGUUGGGUGGCCGAGCAGGACUACAGAUAUGCCUGCGAUCAACUCAAAUCCAUUCGUCAAGACCUGACGGUCCAGGGUGUCAGAGAUUCUUUCACCGUCCACGUCUACGAGACCCAUGCGAGAGUCGCUCUCGAGCGUGGCGAUCACGAGGAGUUCAAUCAGUGUCAGACCCAACUGCGAAUGCUCUAUCAAGAUGUCGGUGGGGAGAAUCGAUGCGAAUUCACUGCUUACAGGAUACUCUAUUACAUUUUCACAAAGAAUACCCAAGAUCUAACGACGAUACUAGCAGCUCUGACUCGAGAGGAAAAGGAGGACGAGUGUGUAAAACAUGCACUGAAAGUGCGUUCCGCCUGGUGGUUAGGCAAUUUUCAUGCCUUCUUCAAGUUGUACACGGUCGCACCGAGAAUGGCAGCGUUUCUGAUGGACUGGUUUAUCUCCAGAGAGCGGAAGAGUGCUCUCAAGCACAUGAUUAAAUCCUACCGGCAAAAUUUGGCGGUUGAUUUCGUCGUCGCGGAAUUGGCCUUUGAAUCUUUGGACAAGUUUUAUGAAUUUGUCAAUGAGUUCGGAUUGGUUUAUGCCGAUCCGGAGAGACGACUAAUCGACUGCAAGACCAGCAGUGGUUCUCUAGUGUCUUGGUAAACACAGCGAAGGUUCUCGUCCUUUCUCUUUCAAGGAUACCGCAAAAGCCAAUUUGUGUCGGAGUUGGUUGCGGUAUCUUGUGGACCCUCCGGGACACCCUGGAGGCUCUCUCUCGCCCUUCGACUCCACUCGAUUCGACUCGACUCGAGUUGAAACCACAGAUAUCGAGCCACUCUAGCAUCCUUGGAGUGUGCCGUUCGAAUCCACUUUUAAUUCCACUGAACGAUCCGCUCACAUCUCGUUCACGGGCGCCUCGUUUCGUCCCUUUGCACAGAAUUUGUACAUAACCUCACCUAUGGUAACCUGUCACGCCGACACACUACGCCUUCGUCUACCGGUUGGUAGCUUUUAAUCAGCUCUCAGCGUUGGAAGGAAGCAUCGGAUAUCGGUAUGAAGCCGACGAGGAUGGGGAAGAAGUCGAGGAAGGAACGAUUCCUUGAGUAGCCAAGUCCAGUCGGGAGGGGUUAAGCUGGGGUUAAACUCGUCUCGGGUCUCCCUCUUCGAGGUUAGGAAACCUACCAUCCUGCGUAGCGAAGGGGUCAUCUGGAGGAUACAGCUUGUAGAUUGCCGAGGAACCUUUUACUUUCUCAAGAGGAACCCGUUGAAGAGGACGUCUUCGACUUCUGGGAGAUUCUUCUUGCGAUGGAGGAAUAUAUAUGGUGUUCGGUCCUGCUCGGAGAGGCUGCCGAUGCUGAGGUUUACCUUGUCUGCAGCUUUCGGCUCGUCGCAUCGACUUAUUUCCUUUGCCAAGAAGAGUGUCGGACGCGGAAGAAGUGCAUCGCGUUAAUGGAUAUUUUUUAAUGCAGGUGGUUUACUCCGAAAGGAUAAGCACUAUCGAGAAUGGCUCAGCGAAGAAGAGGAAUGGUGGAUUACGUCGAAAGUUAGACGCGAGUGCUUAUCGAACGAUCAUUUUUUUGAUAUGCUUGGAGAUGAAGAGAGGGAGAGUGCCGGCGAGAAACGAGUUUAUCGAAUCAAGAAAUUCUUCGGUCCUGCUGGGACCGAACUUGUAUAUUGCCAAUUGAUUAUUACGUGUAUAAUAAAGUAUUUAAUUUUUUGAGAA